AUGGAAAGUGUUGGAGAACUUUCAGGUAUCUCCUGCAACCGGGCUAUUUCGACCAACUCCAAGCAACUGGAAGAUUGGGUUGUCCAUGAACACAAUCGUUACCAAUGCAGCAUCAAAGUGGACGACAUGUUCCUUUCGUUGGUACCUAUCCAGACGAUCCUAGAUGGUGAUUUGAAUCACAAUUUCUUGAUUGGUGAUAUGCAAGUAACUAAUGCUUUUGAUGCAUCUAAGCUUAUCAUCAACCCUAUUUGCGAAGAAGCAGAUGCUUUCAGGAUUGGCUUGCCAGAUGACGGUGCGAUUGUUGUCAUCCAAGAGGAUGAUGAAGAGGCUGAGAAGCAAAGGAUAAAGGAGCAGGAAGAUGCGUGGCUGGCGUUGGAAAUGAAAUCUGUGUAUGACAUUCAGAAUGCUACUGAGGUAAACACAUUCAUAUAUAAGAAAUUCAGGAUUUCUGUCAAAGUGACUGGAAUUGAUACCGACUGGGGUUGGUAUUAUUUCGGAUGUGGAAAGUGCCAGUUCAGGGUCACCAAGGAUCUGAAGAAGGAAGGAGCCACAAAACCUCGCCCCAAAGACCCGUGUGGUACUGUGACAGAUGCAAAUCAAAUGUCAAAACUGUUGAAGCAAACUUCCUUCCUGCUAAACGGAUCAUACGAUGAGAUUCAGGAUCCAGAAUUAAUACCCGAUGACGUCAAGAGUUUAGUUGGAAAAAGUUUCGAGUUUCUGGUCGGUGUCGAGAAGGAACACAUUGUGUAUGGAAAUGACACCUACAAGGUGCAUAAGGUAAAGAAAGGACUUCUCAUUCUCGACACGGAAUCUGGCGAUGGACCAUUCACUGCCAUUGAUAAUGGUUCGACCAUUGCAUCUGGCGAGGAGUUGUCGGUUGUCAAGAGUAACAGCCAAAGCAUUUCAGAUGAUGGUUCAACCCCAUCACCGAAGCGUGAUUUUGAAUCAAUGCAUGGUGUCCCAGCCGGCUCUUCCACUUCGAAGAAGCAUUGCCCCAAGCAACUUCCUACAGAGCCAGUAGAGAGCUGGUCAAUCCGGAUGGACUAA